UCGACGCCAGGCGCCAUGGGGGCUUCAGACCCGGAAGUGGCGCCUUGGGCUCCCGGCGGCGCCGCGGGGAUGGCGGGAGCCGGAGCUGGUGCAGGAGCUCGCGGCGGCGCGCCGGCGGGAGUCGAGGCCCGCGCUCGCGACCCUCCGCCCGCGCAUCGCGCGCACCCUCGUCACCCUCGGCCCGCGGCUCAGCCGUCGGCGCGCAGGAUGGACGGCGGCGCGGGGGGUCCGGGCUCCGGGGACAACGCCCCGACCACCGAGGCGCUGUUCGUGGCGCUGGGCGCGGGCGUGACGGCGCUCAGCCACCCGCUGCUCUACGUGAAGCUGCUGAUCCAGGUGGGUCAUGAGCCGAUGCCCCCCACCCUUGGGACCAACGUGCUGGGGAGGAAGGUCCUCUACCUGCCAAGCUUCUUCACCUAUGCCAAGUACAUUGUGCAGGUAGAUGGGAAGAUAGGGCUGUUCCGGGGCCUGAGCCCCCGUCUGAUGUCCAACGCCUUGUCCACCAUGACCCGGGGCAGCAUGAAGAAGGUUUUCCCUCCAGAUGAGAUCGAGCAGGUUUCCAACAAGGAUGACAUGAAGACUUCGCUGAAGAAAGUUGUGAAGGAGACGUCCUAUGAGAUGAUGAUGCAGUGUGUGUCCCGCAUGCUGGCCCAUCCCUUACACGUCAUCUCAAUGCGAUGCAUGGUGCAGUUUGUGGGACGAGAGGCCAAGUACAGCGGCGUGCUGAGCUCCAUUGGGAAGAUUUUCAAGGAGGAGGGGCUUCUGGGAUUCUUCGUUGGCUUAAUCCCGCACCUCCUGGGCGAUGUGGUUUUCUUGUGGGGCUGUAACCUGCUGGCCCACUUCAUCAAUGCCUACCUGGUGGACGACAGCUUCAGCCAGGCCCUGGCCAUCCGCAGCUACACCAAGUUCGUGAUGGGGAUUGCAGUGAGCAUGCUGACCUACCCCUUCCUGCUCGUUGGAGAUCUCAUGGCUGUGAACAACUGUGGGCUGCAGGCUGGGCUCCCUCCUUACUCCCCCGUGUUCAAGUCCUGGAUCCACUGCUGGAAGUACCUGAGUGUACAGGGCCAGCUCUUCCGGGGUUCCAGCCUACUUUUCCGCCGGGUGUCAUCAGGGUCCUGCUUUGCCCUGGAGUAACCUAAGUCGCCUGACCAAACAUUUAUGGGGGUCUUGGCCUACGCCUGGUGAGGACCCAUCAUCUCAGAUGCCUGAGGGUGACUCCAGCCCAGCCUGGCUUCAUGUCCAUGUUUGCCAUGUGUCUGUCCAGAUGUGGGCUGGUGGAGGUGGGCCACCUGGGACCUUGGGAAGCCUGGGGAGCAGUGUGGUGGGAUCCCCUUCCUGCCCAGGGGUACUUGAGUCUGUCUUGUGCGAGGGCAGAGGAAGGCAGUGGAGGCCAAGGUCACAGGCAAGGCUUCCCCCCACCUCCAGCCCAGCUCAUCUGCCACUCAGCCAGAAGCACCCCGUCCUGCUUUGUAAAUAGGGCACCAUCAUGCCUGGGCCUGGACCUGUGCUGGCAGGCUGGCGCUGCCCUUGUUCUCAACACUACUUUUCUGAUCCAAGGGCAGUGCCUUCUCCUGAUUGGGAAAUCAUGUGACUCCUCAGACUAUCCCCCUCAUCUGCUUGUCUGUAAUGGUGACACCAGGUGUGAGGGUUCUGUCACCUGUGUAUGAAUACGCACAGGUUACGUAGGCCAAUGUCUAGCCCUUCCCUCAUGGUAUGACAGACCCCCAUCUCCUUGAAUAAAUGUAUUGGUGGUGAUUUGGA